UUUAACUAUAAAAGACUUCGAAUCUAAAACCCUAACCAACAAACUCCACCUUUCCUUUCAAUUCAAAAUCCCCAAAUUCCCACCUAUGGCGUUUAGAAAUCCGGCCACCGUCGCCGUCGUAAUUCUCGCUCUGGUCUUGAUUUCCGACUCGAAUUUCGCGUCGGCCGCUUCGGGUGGGCAGUCCGGCGGAAGCUUGUUCCCCUCCGGCGGAGGUUCGUCUUCGUCUUCAUCGGGGUCUUCGGGUUCAUCGGACUCUUCUUGGUCGUGGGACCACCACCACUCGCCGUCGUCGGGUUCCUUGACGGACGGCGGAUUCUACGGCUUCUUGCUUUUCAUGGCGGUUAUUGUUGGGGUUUUAGUCAUCUGUCAUUGUGCUGGAGUUGGGAAACUAAGCGUCGUCAAGCUUCAGGUUGGUCUGGUGGGCAAGGCGCCAUCGCUUCAAAAGGAUCUUAAUCGACUUACUGAAACUACAGAUAUGUCUACAGCUACGGGUUUGAGUCAUCUUUUGACAGGGGCAUCAACAUCUUUGCUUCGCAAUCUUGAUUAUUGCAUCUCAAGUUAUUCAUCAGUUACUCGGAAGUCUGAGAUGGAAGAUGCAGAGCAAUGCUUCAAACAACUUUCCAUGAGAGAAGCGGCUAAAUUUUCCAAAGUUACGCUUUCCAAUGUGAACAACUUUAUAGUGAGAUCGACAAUCCCGGCACCAAAUGUAGUCCACAAAGAAUAUAUAGUGGUUACAAUUUUGGUGUCUACUCGGGGAGCACAAAAGUUACCCAGCAUCAAUGGCCGUGCCGAUUUGAAGAAAGCAUUACAGAGUCUUGGAUCCAUUCCCUCGAGCAAACUACUGGCGGUUGAGGUCUUAUGGACUCCUCAACAGGAAAAUGAUACAUUGACUGAGAAGGAACUACUUAGAGAUUACCUGCAUUUGAGGGGAUUUUAUGAUCCAGGGUCACUUGAAGAAGGGUCAUAUGACGAUUCCUACCCGUUCUUAGGGGUUACUGUAGACAAGGACUAUUUUGAUGCCAGUCAAACCCACGAGCCAGUAGAUGUUGCUAGUCAAGGACUAUUGGACUAAUAAUUUUUAGCAUGGUAACUCUUUCAUACUGUAUACAUUACCACCAAAAUAAUGUCAGGUUCUUUGUAUGACAUGGUAAAACGUGUUAAAGUUUACUAGUCAAUUCCAAGUUUCAUUUGAAGGGUUUGCAAU